AUGUAUACCUUAUAUAGGGAAAAAGCAUAUUUGGCUGGUAUAGAUGUGGACCCAGUUGGUGCAACAAGAGAUAGAGCUUUUGGUAUUCUUAGAGGAUGUUUAUCUGGACUAGCAUUAGAUUGGUUUGAUCGAAAAAUUCUUGGUAAGCGAUGGGAGCUUCAUAAUAUUCUCGCAAAUCAUGGACAAGCCAAUAUAGCUGGUGUUCAAGUACGUACUAUGGCACAGAUAAAUACUAGCAAUAGUUUUAGAAAUCCUUCAAUAGCCCAUACCUAUGCUAAUACUCCUGCUAAUAAUGCUGUAACG